GUAUGGGAUUAAAUUUUAGUUUUCUAAAUGAUACAGAAUAAAAACUGACAAAUGUUAUGAUGAAUGUAGAUUAAUAAUCAUUUAUCAAAAGAUUAGAUGAUUUGGGAAAAAUUUUGUAAAUAUUUUGUUUUAUUAAUUUAUAGAUCUGUGAAAUUUUAAAGUCAAGAUGAAUCAAGUUAAAUUUGUUCAACAUAUUAUUAAGGAGUAACUAUUCAUCAAUCUCCAUCUGGAUUUAUAUCAUUAAUACAUGAAUUAGCAAAGAAGGAUAUUGAUGAAUUGAGUGAAGAUGAUUUAUAUAGAGGAUAUAAUGAGAAGCUCUCUUCUUAUGCUGUGAGUCCAGAAGGAAUUAGUAUAUUAUCUUCAAAAGGUAAAGUUUAUUUCAUAGACACAAAUUAAAAGAAUUUAUCUAUUAUCAAUUAAACACUACCAUUAUUCAAUGAUUUUUAAUAUACUACUCAAUUAGUGUUUGAUGAAAAAUCAAGAUAUUUCUAUGCUUUUUUAAAUGACAAUAAUUAAGUUAUCAAAUAUUAAUUUCUUAACAAUGAAAUCUAACAUAAACCAGUUGGAGGAUGGACAAAGCCAAAUGAUAAAUUUAGAGUUAUAGCUAAUAAUGGAUUUUUAUACUCUGCUUAAGAAUCAUAAGGUCUAUUCAUUUAUGAAAUAUAAUAGCAUGGUUUUAAAUUUAUUAAAUCUAUUACUGCUUAAGAUUUGUAUGAUACUUAAUAAGACUAAUUCAAAAUUGUAGAUGUAGCUGUUUCUUAGGAUAAAUUGUAUAUUUUAGAUCAUUAUCAUGGAAUUACAUAAUAUUAAAUCCAUUCUAGUGGAGCAUUUACUAAAAAUGGAAAAUUGGGAUUGAUUAAAUAUUCAGAUUGUAAAUCAUUUUCAGUAAGAGGAUAAACAAUUAUUUUAAUAUAAAAUUAUUAAUCAAAUUCUGAAAUUAUUGAAUUAUUUAUAUAGGAUGAUGAAUAUUUAGAAAUGCGUAGGAUUUAUUCAAAAAGUUAAUUGAGAAGAGCCGAUAUUCUAGAUGAUGAUUUUGCUAUUGUUCGUGGUUUACAUGAUCAUAAAAUCAUGCUUAUUUAAAUGCCUGAUUAAUAUCUUGAUUAAGAAGCAAAACGAUUGUAAAUUUAAUUAUUAAUAUUUUAGAGACAAUUAUUUCUUUAGUGGAAAUCUUUUAGGUGUAAAUAAAUUUGGUAAUACUAAUGAUACUCUUUUUGCCAUAUCUCCUCAUGGAUUCUACAUAUUUAUUUAUAGAGCAUAUCCUACAGUAAUCAUUUGUAAUAGUAAUGAUGUUGAAUCAGGACUUUAUUAAGCAAAUGUAAUUUAAUUUAUUCAAUUUUUAAAGGUUUAAAUAAAUAGUACUGAUUGUGAUAAGAAGACCAAUAAAUCUAAUCCACUUUAAUAUUGUAUUACAAAUCAUAUAUACAAUUUUGAAAUAAAAAAACCUUUGCUUUCACCAGAAUAAUAAUAAAUAACUAUAUAUCUGACAGUUAUUUUGAUAUUUGUUAUUCUUUUUUUGAUAGGUUGUAUUUUGUUUCAUUGCAGAAGCUAUCAAAUUAAAUUAGAGAAUUUAGAAAGAUCAAAAAAAAAAAGAAAUUUUAGACCUCCUAGUAAAAUAGAAACAUGA